AUGAUACCAGACGAAGCAAUUAAGCGACUUCGUUCCCUUGAACACCUGGACGAAUCACCCUUCCUGCAACGCAAGAGCUUCCGUUCUGCAGCCGGGGGUGCUUGCUCUCGCCGGAGGAUAACUGGCUCCAAUAACGAUCCCGCCAACAGCAAGAAGCGGCCCGCCGCCACCAUCACCGCCGCCAACACCGCCGGCCCAGAAACGGUAGAAAUCGGGCUGGGUCGACGCCCUCGAGAACUUCCGUGGCUGGUGACGCCCGCUCCGUCAGCGAACCAAGCUAUUACCACCUCCAACGUCGCUGCUGCCGCCGGUGGUGACGGCGGUAGUGGUGGCGGCGCAAGAAGGGGCUCGUCGCGGAGCAGGUCGACAGAGUCGACGGCAGGAAGCGGCUGCGGCGGACAGCAGAAACGGCAGCAACCGCGGGGGAGAGGGAGUCACGCCGAGCUUCCGGGGUCCGGAGGAUGUUCAGAGCCCGGAGAUGCCUACUUGUCACCGUCAGGCAGGGGCUGGGACAAGAGUGCCAAAGGGCAAAACCAAAAGCGAGGGCAGAAAGAAGAACAAGACGACUCCGCGACAGAGGCAGCGGCGGCAAGGGCGUCAGACACCGAGUGGGCACGACGACAGCGGUGCCAAGCGUUGGCUCUGGCGUGCGCCGGUAGCAUGGAUCUGCCGGUGGGGGCAUCCUCCUCGGCAGAUUCGGGCGGCGGCGGUGGAGCAGGAGAAGGGACAGCCCUGGCUCUGCCUUUCGGACUUGGCCCGGGUUCGAUCGGAGAAGAUUCACCCUUCUCCGGGGGGCGCGGGGCUGGCGGUGGUGCGAACGGCCGGGGUGGGUUGCGUCGGGGGCAAGGAAUGGUAGUGGUGUUUGCCGACAGAUUAUCAGCUGUUCUUGAAUCCAACUCGGCUGUUCCGCUGGAGGAGCUACAGGCUGAGUUGCUGGAGCUUCGACCCUUCCGCUUCGGUAUCCCGUCCUCCUCCUCCUCCUCCUCAUCAUCAUCUUCGGCUUCUUCGACGUCGUCAUCUUCCUCCGCCCUUUCCGACCUAGAAGACGGUGACGGUCGCGGUGACGGCGGCACGGGUAGCGGGAGCGACGGAACAGGGGUUGACAGCACUGGUGACAUCCGCCAACGAGCAUCAAAACCAGCGGGCGGCAACCCCGCUGCCGAAAAUGGGGCGGCAAGCCGGGCAGGACGAAGCCAGAAGAAGAUGACGGGGCGCGGCGAGGAGGAGGUCUCCGUCUCGGCGCAGCGCGGGGGGGGUCCUACAAACUCGCCGGCGGCAAGGUCGUCGGCGCGAGCGGGGGCUCCGCAGCCCGCCAGCGGGAGCCGUGUCGAUCUCUCUUCCGCGGGCCGCCGCCGCCACCCUGUCGGCAGAGAGAAGCCCCGAUCGAACCCGACCACAGCGGACAAGAACAACGGCUGGGUUCGGAGCAGGUCGUUCUCUAGGGGAGGGGGGCGCCGGGGGCGCUCGGGUACGCCGACGACACCGCGCACGGCGGUAGGGUGUUGGGCGCCGCCGCCAACCCGCUGGGGCGGGACCCCAAUAAGAUCGCCGCUGUUUUGGGGGGGGGGGGGAGAGGGUAGCACCGCCGCUCACAUGGGCGGGGGCAAAGAAGGCGACGGGUGCGCUGACACAGGUUAUGAUCGUCGAAGCAGAGGGUUUCCCCUUGAUUUCCACAACGGGGGUGAGCUGGAGCGGGGGGGGAAGGAAGAGGGCAUGAACGCCGGGGGCCGGGGCUUCGAAUUCAAGGACGCUGAGUUUUUCAGGACUGCCAACGGUCGGUCGCUGUUUGCGGAAAGCCUGAGCGGAACCGGGGGCAAAGCCGAGCGUGUUUGCCACGCGAUUCAGUGGGGAGAGGACGGUGACAGCGACGACCAAGGUCGCCAUCGCCGCCGCGGGUUCUUGUGCCUGCUGGGGGAGGAGGGGCGCCGUGCUUCGGAGAGGGGCAGCCCCGACGGCAGGCGGCUGGGCGUUGCGGCGCGCCGCAGGAGGGCGAGGAUCGACGCCAGGAGCAGGGAUGGCAAGCGGCGGGCGGAGAUGAUGUUCGCCAGGGAGAAGAUAAAGCGGCUUGAAGAAGAGUGUAUCUCGCGGAGGACCGACAAGCUGGAAGGGCGAGCCAACCUCGCCAAGAGCCGAGGAGAGGCCUCCGCGGCGGAAGAUCGAGAGAGGACGCUCCUAUGGGUUGUGGCUCUUGUAUCCACGGCGGUUGACAUGAAGCGGUUGCUAGAGAGGACCAAGAAGCGCCGGGCGGCACACAGGGAUUACUUGUUGCUUGUCUCGUCCGCGCUUCGCGUUCAGCGGGCCUGGCGUGAGUAUCGUCGACCGCCACCCGUGGUCGACACCGACGGAGAUGCGCGGUUGAUGCAGGGGUUCAUCAGGUCCAUUAUGCGCAUCUCAACCAAGUACAUUGUUCGCAAGAGGGCGCGGGUGCUGGCGCUGCUGAAGCUGUGGCCCGAAGGAGAGGCGGCGAUCAAGCUCGAGCUGCGCACAGGGAAGAGAAUAAGGGGUGAAGGUAGCUGGAGGGCGACUUGUCUCCGAAGGGGCUCACGGACGGAAUCCACCGCAACCAUCGUCCCCCACGGAUCGGUGUGCGGGGGCGGCGGUGGCGGCGGAGGUGCCGUUACCGGCACACAUAGCAGCUGCGGCGGCGGCGGCGGCGGCGGCGGCGGCGGCGGCGGCCCCGCAGCGGCUGCGGCGGCGGCGGCGAACGUGCUACCGGCCCCGUGGUUUCCCCGCCUGGUGAAACAGAUGGAGAUCCGCAAGAACGAGACGGCUCAGAACCUCAUGAGAGGCCAAGAAAAGGUUAAGGGCGUCGCAGAUGCAUCCCCACCCGGCGGAAGAGCACCGGGCCGCAGCGGGACACCCCUUGUGUGCUUUCAGAGACUCUUCUACGACCCAUUUACCGUCACACACCGCCAGACCACCGAGGCGGCCUGGAUCUCAAACAACCCGAUCGGCCAAGCGUACCAGCACGGCAACCACCAGCAACACCUCCGCCAGCAGCAACAGCUUCACCACCACGCAGGCCAUUCGGACGAAGGGGGAAGACUCGCAGGAAGCGACUCCGACAGCAUCGGAGGAGGCUCCGUUGCGUCUAUCAGGACGGACGCAACGGACUCCACCGCAGGGGCGGCGGCGGCCGCGGCAGCAAGGAAGACUUUCGACGACCCGGCCGACUCCACCGGCAGAAACACGCACCGGACGCAACACGAACAGUCGCGACGGAAGAACUCCCAUUCGGCCGAACACAGCGACGACAACGACACCCAGGAGGGGUCACUGUCGAGCAGCGUCGGCAGCCUCGGGGACGCCGGCACGAAGAAGAAAAAACGGCGAAGCCGUGGGUCGGGCGGGCACGGAGAUGGAGGGCGGGGAGGGCAAAGGACGAGUAGAAAUAACGACGCCAAGAACGGGCUGGGUGCCAUAUUCGACGACGAUGAUGAUGGCGGCGGCGGGGAGGGAAAAACCCGUGCAACCGGCGGCCCUCAGCUCUCCAGGACUACACCUGCGGCUUCCUGCUCAGGACAAGGAACGCGCGUGUUCUCGGCCACCGGUGGCAUGCACCACCGGCAACCGAGAAACAAGAACACGGUGGCGGCGCGCGACAUGACGUCGUUGCAGCUGCUCGGCGGGGGCGGCUGGCCGGCACGGUUAGCUGAGAUGGACAGAGAAAUCGACGCGGCCCCCCUUGUGCCGCUACCGGUGAAACUGUCGACAAUCGAGUCCUUCAUAAGGACGGAGAUCUUGAGGAGAGCGAAGCUAACUAGCCGGGACCGAGCAUCGCGGAGAUCGCCCCCAGAACAGGCCACCGUUGCGACGGCGAAGGCGCUGCUGCACGGGUCGAUAGAGGAUUUCUUGAACCAGGCGGAGGCCACGCUCUGCAGCAAGAACAUCGACAUGCUUCAGCUCUACUCCGGCGAGGCGCGGUCGCGGUUUAUGGCCGAGGUCGACAAGCGGGUUCGCGGCUACAUGGAGAAGGGCAACCGCCGGUCACCGGCCGCCCUGCAUUCUCAUGCUAAUAGCGUUACGUAUGAGCUGCAGAUUCCUCCGGGACAUUGUCUUUGA